AUGCCGGUCCUGUCGCGAGGCUGGGCCACGGUGGACGCCACGGCGGUCGGCGGGCCGAGGUACCUGCGGCCGGUGCGCGCGGCCACGUGGCAGGUGGUGUUCACCAGCGGCGACCCGCGGGGCGACAUCGUCGUGCGGGAGAGCCUCUCGCUGGAGAGCCCGGAGGUGGCGAUGCUCUUCUGCGGCGCCGUGGUCGAGCAGAGCGGGCCGCAGGAGGUCGAGGAAUGCCUCUUGCUCGCCUGA